AUGACUUCAGGGAACUUGAGAUACUACCCAAUUUUUAGCUUAUUAGAACCAGAGUUUAUGUCAAAGAUUCAUAUGGUUUUUGUAUAUGGUAAUUUAGGCAAUGAAGGUUUAAUUGUAACAGAGGAUGGAAUGACAUAUGCAUUAGGAAAUAAUAGAUCCGGAUGUCUUGGAACCGGUGAUACUCAGAGUACUCUUUACCCAAGAAUAGUUCAAGCAUUAUGUUUGAAGGAUAUUAAAACCUUUGCAUGUGGCAGUGGACCACAUGUUUUGGCAUUAACAAAUAAAGGAGAGGUAUAUUCAUGGGGAUGCAAUAGAUAUUCACAGUUGGGACGCCCAUCCACUAAUGAAGUUUCUUGUAUACCAACUCUUGUGUGUAUCAAUCUUAAUAAAAACAUUGUUGUGGACAUAGCUUGUGGAAGUAAUCACUCUUUGGCAUUAAUAGAUAAUGGGGAGAUAUAUGCAUGGGGCAAGAACAAUUUUGGACAAGCUGGUAAAAGUGAAAGUGUCGAUCAAAAUGCACCAACGAAAAUUAAUUCCACUCUAUCAGACAAAAAAUUCAUCUGUAUUAGUUGUGGAGAUUCGUUCUGCAUAGCAGUCACAGAUAGCGGAGAGGUUUAUAGUUGGGGUGACAAUAGUGAAGGCCAGUUAGGAAUUGGAAAUUUUAAGAAUCAAGCAAACCCAUGCAAAGUCUCUACACUCACUGGAAUUAUAAUAGAAAAAGUAGUAUGCGGUUACAAACAUACUCUGGCAUUGAGCAACAAAGGAGUUCUCUAUGUUUGGGGUGGAAACAAUAAUGGGGAAUUAGGUCUUGACUCCAUAAGGAAUGCUUGUUUUCCAGUGAAGUUGGCCGUGUCAACAGUGAGCAGAGUAUUGGAUGUAGCAGCUAACCAUGAUAAUAAUAUAAGUGUGGCUAUGGCAGAGGGCACUGAGAUAUUCAUAUGGGGUAACUGUUUAGGACAGUGCAUUAACUCUCCAUUAUUAACUUCUCUAGAAUGCAUGCACGACGCUUUCGCAUAUUAUGGUUCGCCACGCGUUAUGUACCGACCACUUAUUCCAUAUGACAAGGAAGAAUUCACUUUAAUGGAUUCUUUGAUGGAGGCAUUUGAUGAUUCAACUACCAGUGAUCUCACUAUUCGAGUGCAAGGGAAGCCCAUUCAUGUGCACAUGGCUGUGUUAAAGAUAAGGUGUCAGUACUUCAAGACAAUGUUUCAAGGAAACUUAACUGAAAAUAAUCAGAGCGUUAUAGAGUAUUGUGAGUUUUCUUAUGAUGUGUAUAGAGCUUUUCUGAGGUAUCUGUACACAGACGAAGUUGAUUUACCUGCAGAAUCUGCCUUAGAACUCUUAAAUUUGGCGAAUGUUUACUCUGUGGAUCACCUAAAAAGACGUUGCAUAAAGAUAAUAGAAAAAGGUAUUACCGUGGAAAAUGUGCUCGUCCUGUGCAACAAAGCUAUCGAGUACGAAAUCACGAACAUAGAGGAGUAUUGCUUCAAUUUCGCUGUAAAACACAUGACUGCAGUCAUACAAUCCCCGAAAUUUUCUGAAAUAAAUCAAUCCAUAGUGAACACUUUUAUGAAUAAGGCUGCUCAAGCGGGUGCGUGUAAAGGCACGUGGUUUCCACCAGAUGAAUAACCAUAAAACCA